UUUGCCACGCAUUAUCUCCCUUGAAUGACGUCAUAACAUGGCUGAUAUAAUGAAAAUUGUUACAAAAUAAUGUGAAAAAUAAACAAAUUCUACGCCUAUACUGAACAUAUUGUAACUGUUUCAUUAUUAAAAGGAAGAAAAUAAUUUGUCAAAAUGGCAAGCUAUGAGAGAGGAGGCUUUGAUCAAAGUACUUCAUAUCAGGGAAGCAGUGCAAGUAAUGAUCCCAACACAUUGAUGCAGAGGAUAGGCGGCAAUGUACAGAAAAUAUCACAGAAUGUGUCCCAGUUGGAGAGGCUGGUGAGGCAGAUUGGUACUCCUCAAGACUCGGAGGAGGUCAGGGACAGAGUGCAUGAGAUCACCCACUCGACAAACCAGCUUGCAAAGGACACCAACAAGGACAUGCAGACACUGGCGCACCUUCCCCCACAGUAUAGCCAACAACAGCGUCAAAUUAAGCUACAAAAGGAGCGUCUUACCGAACAGUUUAGCGAUGUCCUCAAGAAUUUCCAGACUGUACAAAGAACAGCUGCGGAGAAAGAACGGGCCAGCAUUUCUCGUGCUAGGGCCGCCAGCAGUAAUAGCUAUGUGAGCAAGAAAGGGCCAUUGAUUGACUUCGGGUCUGGGUUUGGAGAAGAUACUACUGAAAACCAGUUUACCGAGCCCGGUUACUCGAAGACGGCCCAGGUACUGCAGAUGGAGAAUGAUGUUGACAUAGGGGCCAUUCGAGAACGUGAGGGUGCUAUCAAACAACUUGAGAGUGAUAUUAUGGAUGUGAAUCAGAUUUUUAAAGACUUGGGCAUGCUGGUACAUGAACAAGGAGAGGCUCUUGACAGCAUAGAGGCCAAUGUAGAACAUGCCACCAUCCAUGUAGAAGAGGGCACAAAACAGCUGGGCAAGGCUCGGGACUAUCAGUCGAAGGCACGAAGAAAGAAAUGUUGUUUGAUUAUUGUGUUGUUAGUGGUUUUAGCAGUUGUAGGAAUUAUAAUUGGCGUAACUGUUGGAAACAAAAACUAGUGCUCAGUCCCGCACCCGGAAGAAGCGCUGCAUCCUGUUCGUGUUCCUGUCAGUCAUACUUCUCAUCAUCAUCCUGAUCAUCUACCUGGCGACCAAGUGACUACCACACCAUGGCAACCAGCCGGGCCCUGCCCACGGGCGCAAGGUCGUCGUGCCCCCGGGGAUAAGAUUACCCCACCCACAACAUUGAAUUCUAUAUACUUAUGUCCAAAAGUUAAAUAUACACUAAACCACGUAACUAUACUACUGGUAAUUUACUUGUGACAAAAAAACUGUGUCUCUGCUUAAGUUUUGUUACAUUGUAUUUUCUUUUAUUUGGUCAAGAAAAAAAUCAGCUCGAGUUUCUCAGAAACAUUUUUAAAAACUAGUAAGCAUGUUAUUGUAUUUUACUUAAAAUUUUCCAUUUUUUAUCAUUUUUUCAACAAAAAUCAUUUCUGAACAUCCAAUUUAAACUAAAUAAAAUCUUUAUAUAUAUUAAUCGACAUAAUAUUAUACCAGUUUCAGACAUUACAUUCAAUUAUUAAGAAUACCAUAGUCUUAUAAUUAUAUUUUCAUAAAAGUACUGUAAAAAUUAUUCUCGAGUUCAAAAUUUAAUGGGAAAGUGCCUGAGAAACUAGACAUUGGUUUUAUUUGGCCUAAACUAAAACAGUAAGUAUGAAAAAGUCAAUGAUUUUUGGUUAAAACAUGUUCUGGAUAGAUUUUGAUGAAACUCUUUUUUGCAUAUUUUGUAUAUGGUGUAAGCAUUCCACAAUAUUGAUCUUGUUCUGGUAUUGCAUUUUAUAACUGUUUAUUCUGUCUAUGGAAUUUGUUAAAUCAUUUUCUGAAGAGCAGAAGAGAACUUUUCUUGGUAGUUAAACUUUUUUUCUGUAUUGUCAGACAGACUUGUAUAUAUUAUUUCAUUAAUGUUUCAGAAUUGUCAAAAUAAUUAAUGGAAGGUUGUGUCCCUUUAAAGCGCUUGAAAUGCAUGUAGUUUUGACUGUGCUAAUGUCACACGGCACCAAAAGCUGAUACCCAAUUCUUAAACAGCCUACUUCGUGAUGAGAGUGGUCUAGUGGCCUAGGUGUCCACCCUUCACACCAGAGCUUGAAAUGAAUAAAGUUUAUACUGUGCAAAAAUCAAUAGACACACAAUAGCUCAAAACUUCUUAAACCAAACAGGCUAACCUUAAAUUAAAUUUUGAUAUAUGCAAAGUGGUUUAUUACUGUUUUCUUAGAGAGAAUUUUUAUUUUAAGUACACAAACUCUUAAAGAAGUAAAUCUUAGGCGAAUUAUAGAUAAAAAAUCAAAGUGAGCUUAGUUUAAUCCUAAUUGACUUAAGAAAUUUUGAGAAAUUUCAAGGUUCUUAAACAAUUGACAUGGUGGUGAGAGUGGUGUAGUGGUAUAGGUGUCCACCUCUCACCCAAGAGGUCGUUAGUUCGAUCCUUACCCAGGGAACCAUUAUUUACCCUCUCGAAAAAGACACAAUACUGGUUUCUAUCCCAGAAACAGACUGAAACAGUUGUUCAUAUUAGCUUUCAUCUGUCUGUACAAUCAAGCUUAAAUGAAUCAGUAUAAACCAAACCUAUGGACUAAUAUUAUUUUUAUGCAUCGAAGAUGUACAUGAUCUUUCUGUUGGCAAAAGAGAGCUUCAAUCUCAUUUGUUGUUUUAUUUUCAUUGGACCUACUCUGUCAUAGAUUACAUACCCCAACAUUAUACCCAUAGAUGUUUAAUUGGCCAUGUUAUUGUUCAUUGACUUGUGGUUGUGAAGAAACCUUGUAAACUCUCUGUUCUUACCUUUUUUCUGAUGUCUAAUGUCCCUUGCAUACUGUAUGAAAGAUGAGUCAGUUGCAUUUAAAGUUUCAAAGUAUAGGUAAUGAAUAUUGAUUAAUUUUAUUUAUUAAUUUGAAGUUAAAGAUAUCUGAUGUACAUAAUAAACUCUUGGCAGUUUAUUGUGGCAUUAGUAAAUACCGGUAGAUAAAAAAGUCUGGUUGCCCCAUAUAAAUUUGCUUUAGUUUGAUGAGGGUUCGGAAAUUUUUUCAUUCUUAAAUUUAACUGAAAUUGUGCAAGGAUUAUUUUCAAUUUUGAAAGCCAAAAAUGCUAGUUUGUAAUUGUAGUAUCAGUCAAUUUUUUACAUAUUUUUUCCCACUUAUAAAACCCUGUCAAAUGACGCCAAAAAAUAUUGGUCACAAAGUCCAUGUGAUGGUGUAUCUGAUACUUUAAAAAGGCUAUAAAUAAGUUAAACCAACUUAUAUUUUGCUUAUCACUUUGACAAGUGUGAUUCACAAGCUUUCCAUACUGACAACUAAUUAUCAUCUGACAUGAGCUUUUCUCUUUUGUACAUAAAAGAUGCUUUUCAAUUGUAGACAUUUGUAUUGUAUAUCAUUUUUAGCUUGCCUGAAAUAAGAUGAUAUAUUGUCAAAGCCCUUCUGUUGUUGGUCAUGUGUUUUCGACAGAGUUCAGCAAAUACUCAAAAUUUUGGUAUUAUAAAAAAAUUGAGACUUGGUUCACAUGUUAAAGGGACUAGACACCAGAUGGUCCAAAAAUCAGCAAAUACAGUGUUUCCUCAAAACAAGCUUAGAAUUGUCAAUGCGAGCUAGAAGGAGGCUGAUAAUACAUCAUAUUGCUGUCUCAUCUGUGUUUCCCUGUUUAAGAAUACUUAUUAUGGUUUCCCAGUUUAAAUCAUAUAUGUUUAUGAGUACAGAUAAAUAUACCGAUUUUAUUUUUAAACUUACUUGGAUUUACGUGGUAGACAACCCCGGUAAAUUUUAAAUUAAAAAAAUGGGCAAAAACUGCGAAAGAUGCAUUUGUGGUAAGCAAAGUUAUACAUCAGUAAGAUUUAAUGCCUUGUUCACAAGGCUGUCAAAUUUAUGUAAGUUUUGACAAUUUUCUUUUUUUCUUGCAAUUGUAUCAUCUGGUGUCUGGCCCCUUUAACAAUAAAAAUGGGGAUAUGAUUAGUUGGCCUCAUCCCUCUGGUUGAGUUAUGUCCCUUACUAACAGAUGAGUGUCGCCAUCCACUUGUAGGGGCACAUGUGGACUAUAAUGUAGUUAUAUGAGUGCAAUCCUUUAUAAAGAGAUAAUAUUUUUAUGUUCAUGCAUGUUGCAGACAACACACAUUAUUUAUGGUUAUGUUUUAUAUGGACGGUUUAUGUAGGAGUAUACUUGUGUAUAGUUGUGAAGGUUGUUUUCAGAUUAUUAUUUUGAUCAACCAUGUUUGCUAACUGACACCAUUGUAGUAAGGAUUAAUGUUCGGUUUUUAUGUUUUACUUAAGUUACAAAGAACGGCAUUUCAGUUGAAAUCAUUAUGUGUUGUGCUUUAUGUACAGGAGGCUUAUUAAUUUAAUUGGAAAUUAGAUAAUAAGAGACACUCUUUGUAUGUGAAAUACUUGCUAUGCUAUAAAGUUCUUAAGUGACAUUGAAUUUGUCCUACCAUUCCAUAACUUGAUGCAAUAGAUUAGACCUUCGGGGCAUGGCUAUGGUUUGAUUAUUUAAUGUAUGCACAUAGGUGUAUGUUAAAGUAUACAUGAAGCUUCUAAUAAUAAUGCGGUAUGUGAAUAUUUAAGACAGGGCUGGUAUUCAGAAAACAUCUUAAACCUUUUCCUAACUUAAGUCAUUUCAUAACUUGUGUCAUUUUCCUAAGUUAAAGUAUCUCGUUAGUCAUUUGUUAUAAUAACUUGAUAAUAUCUGAAAAACUUUAUUUUUAUUUAUUUUACUGAAUAUACAUACUUAAAAAAACACUUUCAGUUUUCUUUAAAUUUUAACUUUAAGAACACUUAAGUUAAGACAUCCAUUUAAGAUGUUUUAUGAAUAACGGCACUGAUAAUAACCAUUGGUGCAACACUCGAGACUUAUUCACAGUAACUGAAUAAAGUAAAAAAUUCUCCUGAUUUCAUAUGGAUCCAUGCAUAGCUACAGCCCCGACAGGUCGAAUAUAUUGCAUGUGUAUCAUUUUGUUACGACUAAAGAACCAUGAUGUACAUGUUAUUUAUUGUACUACGUAUUUGUUAAGACAUUAAAAUAAAACACGUGAUAUAACAUACAAAACGCUUCUUU